AUGAACCAGGCUGAGAAAGCAAGCCGGUCGAACCUUGCAAGACAGCACCACAUUGGCUUUCGCGGGCCAGUCCAACCCGACGAUUGGCCCGCAACCCACAAAAGACUAUUUUCCGAUGUCCUCGAAUUGGGUCGUCAAAAAUACGGUACCUUUGUGGAAAGUAUCUCGGUAGACUCCAUUCAAAAGCCAUGGAGAAGCGUGACUAAGAGUCGCGCCGACCGUUUAUCUAAACUGGCAGAUAAGGCCUGGAAUGAAGACAAGAACGAACCCUCAUGGAGAGCCAACGUCGAAAACGAUGUCCUACACCGAUUCACUGUCGAGGUUGCUUGCCCCCAAUGUCGCAACCUACUCUGGGGGUCUGAAAUACCCGCCGCGACGGAUGGUAUCGGUGCGCGGGCCGAGAAGCUGGAAUUCCGACGCCAGAAACGAAAACCUUGUCGCUGUCCACCUAUGUGGGGUCAAAGCCAGUUCGCCGCACCCUUUGGCCUAAUCGUUUGA